AUGGUCCCUGGAGAGGAAGAGGUCCUCCUGAGCACAGCAGACGCCACACCCAUCAGCAGGACCCCGGCCUCCAGGAAGACCCAGACUCCAGGAAGACCCCCGCUCCAGGAAGACCCCCCACUCCAGGAAGACCCCAGCCUCCAGGAAGACCCCAGCCUCCAGGAAGACCCCCGCUCCAGGAAGACUCCAACUCCAGGAAAACCCCAGCCUCCAGGAAAACCCCAGCCUCCAGGAAGACCCCCAUUCCAGGAAGACCCCAGCCUCCAGGAAGACCCACACUCCAGGAAGACCCCCGCUCCAGGAAGACCCCGGCUCCAGGAAGACCCCCGCUCCAGGAAGACCCCCGCUCCAGGAAGAUCCCCGCUCCAGGAAGACCCCCGCUCCAGGAAGAACCCAGCUCCAGGAAGACCCCCACUCCAGGAAGAUCCCCGCUCCAGGAAGACCCCCGCUCCAGGAAGACCCCCGCUCCAGGAAGAACCCCACUCCAGGAAGAGCUACGGUAGUCCCCUCCCCGCCCCCCGGCCACUCCCUGGCUUCUGA